AUGGGAAAGAAAGCGUUGAAGCUUCCUUCUCUUUUCAAAACCAAGGAAGCACCAACAAGAAAGCAUCCAUGGCAGUUUUUGCCAUCUUGUGGCCACCCAAAGACCCUUUCUUUCCGAGCUGGAGAUGACAUAUUCAAGACAGUUAACUCUGUAUUUUUUGACCCGACAGAGAGCACCAUUGAAACUCCAAAGUCUUGUUUCACAGCCUCAUCUGAAUCUGCAAGCUUUUCAACAGAGUCAGAGGACUAUUGUUACUAUGAUGGAGAGUCUUUGGAGAUAUUGGUUCGUGGGGUGAGGUCAGAGAGGCUGUUUUUCGAACCAGGUGACACGAGCUCCAUCUUGGAGAAGGCUAAGGCAAGUGGUUUUCCAUUCAAAGAAAGUGUGGUACUAGCUAUGGAGUCAGAAGAUCCUUAUGAAGAUUUUAGGAAAUCAAUGGAGGAGAUGGUUGAGUCUCAUGGAGUUAAGGAUUGGGAGGGUUUGGAGGAAUUGUUAAGUUGGUAUUUAAGGGUAAAUGGUAAGAAUAAUCAUGGGUUUAUAGUGGGUGCUUUUGUGGAUUUAUUGACUAGUAUAGCUGCUUCUAACUCUUGUUCUGAUUCAACCAUAUAUUCUUCUGCUGUUUCUUCUUUUGCUUCUUCUCCAUUGUGUUUAUCUGAGGGCCAGAAUGAGAUCAUUGAAUGUCAACAUGAAGAUACUGUAACUUCUUAG